UGCUAAUGCAUUCCCAGUGCUUCCUGGUGCUGCAUCACAGUGAAGGCUGUGAGCUUGUCAAACUCUGAGCUGCCAGUGCUACAUUUCCUGUUGUUGACAGGCAAGGACCACAGCAGAGGCUGCACUGAGUUGCGUGUAAGGACUCGCACUUUAUCAGCUGGAGUGCACACAGACAUACUCAGAGAGCACCCCUUCACAGGAAGAGCUGCUAUCACUUCUCAGAUACACAGACGCAGAGGAAGCACUGACACUGAACCUCUUACCAGCGGCCCAGAAACAGGAGCUGUUGCACAGAUGGACUGACUCCCUCCAUCCAGAGUUUGACUGAUGAAAACAAGGGGGAUCUACUUUGUUAUUUUUGUCUGUUUUCACCUGAUCUGAGUGUCUGCCCAGGAAGCGUUAUGGUUUUUUUCUCCAUGGGAUCGGAUAAAACCGCAUCUUCAGUCCUGCUGCCUGAGGACCCUGUUCGGCAGGACAUGCAGUUCUACUAUGUGGGUGACUAUACGUGGGCCACUAUGCUGGGGCAGAGCGUGAGGCUGCAGCCUGUUUCCAUCCAAAGCCUCUCGGAGCUGGAGAGGACACGUCUGCAGGAGGUGGCCCUUUACCAUUUGGAAAGAAGAGACCUGGAUUUUAAGAUCAGCAUCCCUAGAGAGAUUCGUAAAAGGAGGAAAUCACUGCGGAGAAAGUUUGACUCCUUCUCAAAAGAAAAGAAAGAGCGAGAGUCUGCAGCCAAAGCAUUCGGUAUCCCGCUCGCCCAGGUAAUCGCAAACGACUGGGCAUACAAGCAACGGCAGGAUGCCCUGAAAGAGAGCCGACGGGACUGUCUGGACCUGGAGGCCAGUGUUCUUCACUUCCGUGCCGAGAAAAGGCAGCACAAUGGAAACCAGCGGCUGGGAAAUACAUCCUUAUCACCUGAUGCUGCCUCCUCACCAGCACUGGAGGCCCACAGCAAACAUCCCUCAUCAGCGUUCAUGGACAACACCUCACGCACUCACAGACGGGGAGGGAUGUCUGUGGACUCCAUCUCUGAUAUGGUGGAGAGUCAGUCCAGACUACUUGAAGCUCUGCAGCUCUCUCACCCUAAUGAGCUGGAGCUGAAAAAGGCUGCUGGUCGCACACAGGCCAAACUCAGUCUCAAUCCCAUCUACAGACAAGUUCCCCGAGUGGUAGAGCGCUGCUGUAAACACAUCGAGACCUACGGGUUAAAAACGUUGGGGAUUUUCCGUGUAGGCAGCUCCAAAAAAAGAGUCCGUCAACUGCGAGAGGACUUUGACAUGGGGCUAGAUGUGGUGUUACACGAAGAGCACAGCGUCCACGACGUGGCUGCAUUACUGAAGGAGUUUCUGAGGGACAUGCCGGACCCCCUGUUACCACGAGAACUCUACCGGGCCUUCCUGCACGCUAACCUGUUGAGGGGGGCAGAUCAGUUGACAUACCUGCAGCAGUUGUUGUACCUGUUGCCGCCCUGUAACUGUGACACCCUGCUGAGGCUCUUGACGCUUCUUCAUACCGUACAGGAGAAUGCAAAAAGCUCUACUGGGCCCAACCAGCAGGAGAUCUCAGGUAAUAAGAUGACGGCAGAAAACCUGGCAGUGAUCUUUGGGCCCAAUCUCCUGCAGAAAGAGAGAGGAUCAGAGAGAGAGCUCAGCCCUCAAGCUCUGGGCAUAGAAGACAGCACUGUCAUCAUCUCCGUCACCCUGAUGCUCAUCCAGAACCACCAACAUCUCUUCACGGUGUCUGCUGAGCUGCAGCAGGAGGUGCUCAUGAGCCUCAUUCAGACGGACCCUGAUGUCAUUGACUAUCUGCUGCGUAGGAAGCUCAGCAGUAGUAGCAGCCUGACGAUGGAGACGGACUCCGGAGGAAGGAGGGACACACAGGCAUCUCUGGACUCUGUGGGUCAGUCCAGUGAUGACCUCUCAUCCCUGGAGCCGCUGUGUCCUCUUUACCCAGAGACAGCUGCAAUCGGAAGUCUGAGCAGUGAGGUCUUCCUCAAUGUGCUUCAUCUUAACACCAACAGGAAACGUUCCUCUGAGAUCUCACCCAAGUCCAUUGGUAAAAUGAGGCAGUUUCAUUCCCACCACAACCUUCUGAGUCUGUCCCAGUCCUCCUCUAAUGCUCAGGGUGAAGAGAGAGAGCUCCAGGAGCAGAGGAAAGGCAGUUCAAGGCACACGUUCUCAGAGGAGCGCCUUCAUUUCGGUCUGCGACGGAAGGACAGCGGUUCUCAACCACAGAGUCCGAGAGAGAAAGGCAUCUGGGUACGACAAAACUCCAACGCCUCAUCCACGACGUCGGAGGACAGCAAACCACCAAGCAACUUCUGGGACUUUUUCACUGGCAAGGUGUCAGGCUCAGAGACUGUAGUUUGACUCCUAAGUGAACAGAUGUAGUUUGGGGAUUGAGUAUGGAACCGUAAAAGUGUAGAGAGAGAUCUGCCAGCAGAUACACACACAGAAAUAAUGUAUCUACGGACGCUAUACUGUUUAUAUAAAAUAAUCUAAUCCACUAGAACAAGAUGGGUUUUCAGAAUACAUCAAAAAAUCAUUAUAAACCUGUCAGAAUAGUGUAUUUAAUCAAGAAACAGAUCUCUGAUUAUAGAAUGUAAAUAUAGCACAGGCUGUUAUAAACCUCUCUAUAUAGAAAGCAGCUUUUAUAUUCAUGAAUCCUAAACAUGCACUCGGUGGGCACUGAAAAUACAUUUCAAAGGCUGAAAUCUCUUAUAAUAUUUGUUUACAUUAACAUGGAAGCUUUCUGAAGUUCACUUCUGGCUAUUAGUUUUAUACUUUUUCUGAUGUACUGGCAGCUGAUUGAGGCUCGGUCUUUACCUUUACAGAAACUUUUACAUAUAGUGAUAUCUUUUUUAAAUAAAGUGUAUAUAGUA